GUUUGCUCAGUCCUGAUUUCUCUGCAUUCUAUUGGGUUUAGCCGUGACCAAGAGGAGAUAAUAGUCAUUCUAACGUCAAUGUAAACAAAUCAAAGCAACAAGAGGAAUACUAGGAACUAACUUUGGUUAAUCUUCUAAAUAAAUACAAGAAAAUUGAAUGGUGCUUGCCAAAAAUGUCUCUCCCCAUCGGUUGUGGACCUAAUGUGACUACAUGUCAAGAAACUCUACAGGCUAAACAAAGAAAAGAGGCAUAAAAGGUCGAGAGGAACUGACUCCCCACACUUCUCUCUCUGCUUCUCGAUUUUAUCCAUUUUUUCUCUCGAUUUGUAUUCGUGGAUUUGCUAUAAAACAUCCAAUAAAGGCCAUUGACAAUAUUUUUGAACCUUCGAUCCUCGCAUCGGUGGAAACCCUAAACGCAUGGUUCUUGCCCGAGAGCAAUUAGAGAGAGAGAGAGAGGGAUUUUGAAGGACGGACGUGCGAAAGCCAAUUAUAGAGCAGAUCACCAUGGGAGCUCUCGAUCGCAAACUAAUGUUUGCAUUUGCUUUCCUCGCCGUGGCGGUUCCAGUUCUGAGAGCCAAGAUCGCCGACUUCGACGAGGUGUGGCAGAAGCGAGCCGAAGAAGCCAAGAAAGCCACCAUCAAGGCCUACGAGCCCGACCCGGCUAAAGUGGCCGAGGAUUUCAACCACCGUGUGCAUGAGGACAUGCAAAGGAGUAAUAACACGAGGAGGAGCUUGAAGAGAACAAAGGGCGGAUGCUUGGCCACGAACCCAAUCGACCGGUGCUGGCGAUGCCGAAAAGAUUGGGCCAGCCACCGCAAGAGGCUGGCCAAUUGUGCCCUUGGCUUCGGCCGUGGGACGACUGGAGGCAAGGCCGGCAAGAUCUACAAGGUGACUGAUCCGUCCGACGACAACCUAAUGAACCCCAAACCCGGGACGCUGCGCCAUGCCGUGAUCCAGCCCGAACCGCUGUGGAUCAUAUUCGCCCACAACAUGGUCAUCCGUCUAUCUGAGGAGCUCAUCGUGACGGACAACAAGACAAUCGACGGCCGCGGUGCCAACGUGCACAUCUGCGACGGGGCCCAGAUCACCCUGCAGUUCGUGAGGAACGUGAUCAUCCACGGCCUCCACAUCCACGACACCCACCCGGGGAACGGCGGGCUCAUCAGGGACUCCCUGGAGCACUAUGGGUUCCGCACGGGGAGCGACGGUGACGGCAUCUCCCUCUUCGGCGCCACUAACGUGUGGAUUGACCACGUGUCCAUGUCACACUGCUACGACGGGCUGAUCGACGUGAUCCAGGCGUCCACGGCCAUCACCAUAUCGAAUUGCCAUUUCACCAGGCACAACGAGGUGAUGCUGUUCGGGGGAAGCGAUACCUACUCAGACGAUGCGCACAUGCAGAUAACGGUGGCGUUCAACCACUUCGGGCAAGGGCUGGUGCAGAGGAUGCCGAGGUGCCGGUGGGGCUUCGUUCAUGUGGUGAACAACGACUAUACACACUGGCUCAUGUACGCCAUCGGAGGGAGCCAGCACCCCACCAUCAUCAGCCAGGGCAAUCGUUUCAUCGCCCCCCUCGAUCCAAAUUGCAAGGAGGUGACCAAAAGGGACUAUGCAGCCGAGGAUGUGUGGAAGUCAUGGUCAUGGCGAUCGGAGGACGACCUGAUGCUGAACGGGGCCUUCUUCGUCCAAUCCGGGAGCCCGAUCAGGAACGUCAACAAGAACAACGUGAUCAAGGCGAAGCCGGGCUCGUUCGUGACGAGGCUCACGCGCUUCGCGGGCGCCCUCAACUGCGUGAAGGGCAAACCAUGUUAGGACCCGCACGGUGUUGUGCGUACGCGUGAUCGCGAAAGAACCCUGUUGUUGUUACGGAACAACGGUUUGGAGUCGUAGGUAAAUAGUAUAUUCAGGGUCGGUCCAUUUGGGUUUUAUUUUGAUUCGACUGUGCAGUCGACGAGUGUGUUUUGGGGUCAAGAAGGGAGGAAAUGCUGGACAAAAACCCCAG